UUUAUAGAAUAAAUAAUAUAAUGAAAUAAAAUUUAAAUUAAAAAUAUCAAAAUUUAAGGAACUAUAAUGAGAUUAUAAAACUAUAAAAUUUAUAUGUAGUAAGUAGUUCACAUGUAAACUAAAGGAUAUCCUUUUAAAGAUUUUCUCUUAUUUUUAUCUUGUAUAAAGUAAUUAAAUUUGGAGCAAGUUUAAAUUAGAAAUCUUUCAUGACUUAUAAUCUAAAAUUAGGAGAGUACUUGAAAUUCAUAUUACAUGUAGUAAAUGCAGAUGACUAUUGUUACCCACAAACACGAUUGUGAUUGGUAAUAGACGAAGGAACGUAACUGCGAUGACCCCUGGGUUAGAUCCAUUAACACCACAGAGAAUGGAUAUAAAAGCAUGUCAGUCUGAAUUCAGACAGAACACCAAAGCAAACCUCGAAGGGAAAUAUGUAAGGCCCUUCAGAAAACCAAGAGUCAAGAAAAUCAACCGGUAUUGAUAAAAUGACUCACUUGUCAAUCAAAGAUAUGCUUCACAACCACAAACUUUGAGCACUCUUGCAUACCCUGCUUUAUAUCCAUGUCGAAGGCAGAAUCGGACUGCACAACAAAUCCGCGUUUAUUUUUUCAGGAUAGUUUAAUGGUCUUUCAGUCCCUACACUCCAUUUGCACAAUUAAAGCACUUACACAACCACCAAGUUGGAGCUCUCAUAUCUAAGCACGAGCAGGUAUCAGCUCUUGGAGCAGAUAAAAACAGCAUCACCAGAGAAUGAGUCAUUUUCACAAUAAGAAAAAUAUCGAUGUCGCAUACGAGACUGUAUGUUCAACUCUCAGUCACAGAACUGAAGCAUAACAGGACUGAAUGCACAGUUCAAAUCAAACAUGUUAUUGACCAGCAGAUAUUCACUUGCCUGACUCAUUGCAUCAGCUGCAGCAGCUGAGAAGGGCACUACAAGGGCAGGUGAACUGAGAGCAGCAGCAGCAGCCCCUAAUCCAGGGGACGCAUCAGCUAAGACCGAAGGAUUCUGAAAGAAGAAAAAAGGCUUCGGUAGAGGAGUUACAGCAGGAGGUACAGUUGUUCCAAGAGGACCAAGUACCGGCGCUAGCGCGGCAGGCAAGGUAGAAGCAACACUGCCGAUGUGCACAAAAAAUUCGCUGUAUGAAAUAGGUAGGAUCGCAAGUAUGCAUAGAUAGCAAUUAACAAAACUAUUCAUAUGGAACCAACUGCGAAAACGAAAAGGCAACCACUAUUGGAACUUAACGUACUUCUAGGGUUAGGGUAUAAGUUCAGUAUUUGCAAGUAAUUAUUUGUCUUAUUAUUAUUUUCUGUUUUUCAUUUUGCUUUGUACUGUCGAGGAGAGCACAACUUCAAGUAUUGCACCUCCUCAACGGGGUGUGACGUUUGGACACCUCAUACUCAAUUAGUUGUAACACUUGUUUUCUAAUACGCCAUGUUAAUUGGUGUGUGGUGUUUGAUGCAUGUCAGGUUCUCUUCCAAGGACGCCUAUCAACGGAAGGUGAGGAGCAAGCUUCGGACCUGUGAGGGGUUUCGUGAAAAUGUCAGCCCGUAUUGCGGAGGCAAGGGCUUACUAAUUGUCGCAGUGAAGAAGAGUGGUGUUGGGGAGGUUGGCGGGUUGAUGAAGGUUACGGAGAAGUUGCAGCAGCCACACAGCUUUGAAGGCGACUGUGGCCAUCGCCAUGUACUCUGCCUCCGUGCUGGACAGGAUGGUGGAGCAUUGGCGCGUCAAAUCCCAACUCGUGGCCCCUGAGACAUCAAGAAAACGGAGCUCAAGAUGGUGUGCCGUUUGCCUACCUUACAAAUAUAGGUGAGUUGAUAUAUCAUGGAUUUGGUCUAAAUUAGGUCUAAAUUAAAUUUGUAGUUAUAGUAGUAGCUAAUUAAUAUAAGACCUAAUAUAUCCCUAAAAGCUAGAAACUUAUUUCUAAGGAGGGGUUUUGUGAAGAUAUCUAUUGCCAUCUGCUUCGUGGGACAAUAUUCCAAACUAAUUUGUCCUUUCUACACACAUUACCUAAUAAAAUGAUGUUUUA